AUGAAUCGUUUUCUAUGUGAACCAAAUAAUCUGAAACUGAAUUCAACAGCAGCAUAUUAUUUUUCUCAAACAUUAUCUAAUAUUUCCAUCCAUACGUUACCUAUAUUAGCAUUAGCUGGUAAUUUAUUAAUUAUAAUUGUUAUAUUAACAAAUUCUCAAUUAAAUCGAUCAUCAUUUUCUGUUUAUAUUAAAACAAUGGCUGUAUCAGAUACACUUGUACUUGUACUUAAAUUAAUAUCAUUUGAAAAUAAAACAUCACAAAAAUUUUAUUCGUCAUCAAUGUGUACAAUUCUAGUAUUUCUUAGUGAAGCAAGUGUUCUUUUAUCAGUUUGGACAAUUGUAUUAAUAACAAUUGAACGUACAUUGGUUGUUUUAUUUCCAAUACAUAUUAAAAAAUUUGUUUCAGUAUAUCAUGCUCGAAUAUUAAUUACUUUAAUAACAAUAAUUAGUUUUUUAUUUUCAACACGUGUCUUAUUUAUACCAAUUGAUAUAUCAGCAGUUCAAAAAUGUCAACCUAUGCCAGAGUGGCAAAACUAUCGACAACUUAAUGUAACAAUAACUGAAUUUACUUAUUGUUAUAUUCCAUUAUCAAUUGUUAUUAUUGGUAAUUUUAUAACAUUAUGUGCUGUUAAACGUGCAGCAUCACAACGACGUCAAAUUUUAACAAAUAAUACAUACAGUAAUAAAUGUCAAAUGGAUUCAAAUGAAAAUCAAUUAAUGCUUAUGUUAUUAGUUGUAACAUUAAUGUUUAUGGUUUAUUUUUUGCCAUUUACAAUAGCCAAUGCAUUGUCAAGAUGGGGUUUACCAUUUGGUAUGUGUUUUACACAACGAUCUUUUGAAAUUUAUUUAAUUAUACGCACAUGUUGUGAUUUAUUAAAAGAUUUAAAUUUUUGUACAAAUUUUAUUAUUUAUUGUAUAAGUGGACGACGAUUUCGUUUAGCACUUUUUUCACUUAUUCAUCGUAAACGAAAGCCAGUAUUUUCCAGUUCAAAUUAUCUAGAAAGUACAAAGCUACGUAGUGAACGUUUAGGACGAAGUAAUACACAAAAAAUAUAUCAUUUUGCGGCAAAACAAACAUAUGAAGAAUCACAAUUUUAA